AACUGGAGCAUAUAUGUAGCUUUAUCAAGUAUCAUUCCAAUUCCUAUUUCCGUCUAUAUAUGUUCCAUUGCUCCUCUAUCACUAUCACAAUGGGAGACUUUUCAUUACACGAAAACAACAUGGAUUAUCAUCAGGACAACCCUGCAGUCUUCUUCACUAUCAUCAACAACACCAAGCUACUGAAAGUCCCAGAGGAGUUUCUGAAACAUUUGAAUGAAGACUUGUCUAGUAAUGCAGUUCUUAUAGGCCCUUCUGGUGAUAAGUGGCAAGUAACUAUUUUGAAGAAAGGAAAUAACGUCUAUAUGAACAAUGGUUGGUCACAAUUUCUGAAAGACAACUCAGUGGUGCUUGAUGAGUUCUUGCUUUUCACAUAUCAUGGAGGAAACUGCUUCUAUGUUCAAAUUUUUUGUGGGAAUGGAUUGGAGAGGCUAUGCCUCAAAGAAACAAGACAAGAACAAGCUGUCACCCCUCAAUUUUUAGAUCUGACUUUUAGCAACAAAGCCUUAAUUUCUGAUGGAUGUGAGAUAAAGAAAACAAGUCAAGAACAAGCUUCCACCCCAAGUUUGGUAAGGAUAACAAACAAGAGUAAACAAAGAAAAACUUCUGCUGGUUCAUUUCUUCACCAUGAAUCGAAGUCGUCGUGCCAAGAAGAUCUGCCUUUCAGCAACAAAGCCUUACUUUCUAAGGACUUCCCAAAGCCUCUGAGUUCAAUCAAAUUUGAAACUUCAGAAGCAUGCAAAUUGGCCGAGUCCUUUACCUCUCGCAAUCCUCAUUGGAAGCACCUCAUGACAAAAUGCAAUGUGGAAGAUCAUUGCACAUUGCACAUUGCUACUCAGUUUGCAUGUAAGUACAUUCCUGAAGUAGUGAAACAGAUCAUUCUAUGGAAUUCGGAAGGAAAAUUUUGGGAAGUGGAAGUGACUUGUUUAAGAUAUCAAAAUAAAAGGUAUACUCGGUUUACGACAGGAUGGGGAAAAUUCGUUCGUGAUAACAAGCUCAUGAAAGGUGACACUUGCAUUUUUGAACUUGAAGACGAAAAUCAUAUGAGCGUUCACAUAUUCAGAACCAGUGUCUGACAAACCUGAGCUUUAUUACAUUUAUGGCAUGUUAUUGAUCUCAGUUGGUAGGAAUUGUAUUACAGAAUUAAUGGUGUGUAUCCAUAUAGAAACAGCCCACUCUUAGACAUUAGUACCAUUUAUCUUUUAGCAAUUAAUUAGCUUUAGCUGCGUGCUCUCAACUACACUACAAUUUGGUAGUUACUAGUAUAUUAUAAGGCCAACUAGAAUAUGAACAAA